AAUAUUCCCUAACUAACUUCUCAAAGCCGUUCACUCGCGCGCGCUCAUAUAAACAUCUCACUGGCUUCAUUUCCCGCUUGCACUUACUCCCAACUCCAAUCUUUGCUUCUUGAAUACUCUGUCCGCUAUGGAAAAUUCCUUCUCCCUGCGAUUCGCUCUUCUAUGCGCCGCGUCUUUCCUUGCCAUACUCUACGGCACCAAGGUCACGGCCACAACCGCCACCCCUGCCUCCACCGCCACCAACCAAGGUUUCGAAGCUCCCUUCCCGCCAUCCAAUCCUCCACCAACUCCGCACAAUAUCCAAGAACACUCGUUCUUUUCUCACACCGCGCUCCUCCCUCCGAUCUUAUCUCACCUCGGCUUCCACGAGCUGGCAACGGCAGCACCCUCACUGUCCGACGCAGCAACCACCGCUUCCUCAGCCUGGAACGGUCCUUCCACAAUCUUCGCUCCCUCCGAUGCUUCUCUCCGCACCUGCGUUUCUUGCUCCGUCCCGAACCUCCUCCGCGAGCACAUCGUUCCCGGCCUCUUCACCAUCGAUUAUCUCCGGAAACUUGCUUUCGGCACCAAGAUUGAGACCUUGAGUGCAGGACGUUGCAUCACUGUUACCUCCGAGACGCAUCACGCGAAGGUUUUUCUCGGCGGUGGGGAGAUCACGCAACCUGAUCUCUUCAACAACGGCAUGGUAGUUGUUCACGGCCUUCAAGGUUUCGUCUCCCCUCUAUCCCCGUUCUCUUGCGAGGUGGAGAGGAUGACGUCGCUCUCAUUUCCGUUCCAUCCGGAUCACCGUUCCGGUCACGGUCAGCAUCAUCUCCACUCUAACAACGCGGCCGCGCAACCUUCUAUGAUGCGCUUGAUGCUCCGAGACGCGAUGCUCAGACUCCGCAACAACGGCUUCAGCAUCCUCGCCUUGGCGAUGAAGGUUAAGUACGCGGAGCUCGUGACGCUUAACAACAUGACUGUGUUCGCCGUUGACGACAUCUCCAUCUUCUCCGGUUCGCACGCUUACAUCAGUAACGUCAGGUUCCACAUCGUGCCGAACCAUUACCUGUCGAUUGCGGAUCUCGAGAAGCUUCCAGUCGGAACUGCUCUGCCAACGCUGGAACGAGGUCAGCCGCUCAUCAUCACGACCUCCGGCGGAGGAGAGAUGUCGGCACCAAUGAGGAUUAACUACGUGAGGCUUAAGGUUGCGGAUUUGAUCCGCAACGUGAAGAUCGUGGUGCACAGUGUGUAUUUACCGUUUCCCCAUAUCAAUCCUGUGGCUGCUGUUUAUGAUACUAUCGUAGGCGGUGAAGGAGCCUCAGAAGGAGAGAGUGAUGUUUCAGAUUCUGCAGAACAGAUGCCACAUGGAACUUGUUCUGCUCUUGAUGGACGUGGAAGUUGCGUCACUGGUGUGCCUCCAUUGCCUCACGUCAAGGCAAUGGUGGAGAUUGAAGACCACCAUGGCCUGUGAAUAAUUCCAUCCUCAGAUUCACGAUGAGUGAUCUCUGAGUGCAGUUUGUAGUUAGUUCACUCUGUUAUCGCUCUCAUUAGCUUGUGUUAUCUUCCUUUGGUUUGAGCAUAACCUGUGUAUAGUCAUAUAUAGUCAGUCAAUUUGUUGAUUUUGUUCUUCAAUAAAACCUUCACAAACGUUUA